AUGUCUGACAAACUUCCUAAUGUUAAAUAUUGGACUCCAGCUCACUUUAAAAAACAUCUCAAGAGACAUAUGAAUAAUUCAAGUUAUAAUGAAGAUGACAUUGAAAAAAUCGAAAAACAGAAUAUCGGUAGAAAAGCUUUUUUCAGAUUAACCAUACAAAUGCUUACUAAUGAAAAUGGUCUAUUCAAAAUUAAGUUUGGGAACGCAACUGAUAUUAUGGAGUUAGUAGAAGAACUCAAAGAAAAACAAGCAGAAGAACACUCUAUGUCCGUUGAAGUUGUAACCACCUCUGAAUUCAAUAAAUUACAUAAUAACUACCAAAAAAUAUUAAAAGAGAAUAAUAGAAUUAUCAGUAAUAUGCUAAGUGAGAUUAAAAGAUUACAUGAAAGAGAGUAUAGUAUUGAAUUGUUAGUUCAGCUCAAGCAUCCUAAAACUUAUAGUGAAAUAAAUGGUGCAAUACCAGAGAUGAAUACCAAAGCUAAUGACGCUACUUCUGACUUAUCAUUCAAUACUGAAACAAUUAACAAUUCAGUAGAUUUGAAAUUAUCACGUGACAAAAAAACUGUUACUAAUGGUAAUGAUCAAGAUUUGAAAUUAUCACUUAGCAUAGGCGAUAAUAUCUUUGCUUUAUCAUUCAUUGAGAAUAACUUAUCAUGCAACAUGAAAAUAAUCACUUGUACUGAUAGCGAGGAUGUCCCAUUUGAUGAAAUAUCUGGGCAAAUUGCUACACAACCGCUUGAUAGAAAUUAA